UUUGCGUUGUGUUUCGCUGUUUCUGAUCUGUGUGGGUUUUCGGUUGUGUUCGAGGUUGCGAGGAUGAAGGCGAAGGUGGCCUCCCGCGCCGGCGGCGACAGGCUCGCGGUGAAGAAGAGCAAGGCCGAGAAGGACCCCAACACGCCCAAGCGGCCCCCGAGCGCCUUCUUCGUCUUCAUGGAGGGCUUCAGGAAGGACUUCAAGGAGAAGAACCCCAACAACAAGCAGGUCUCCGUGGUAAGCCCCGUUUCCCCCACCCGCAACUCCGUCUCGCGUGCCUUCCACGGGUCACUGCCGCCGCCUCCUUGGGCGGAGCAGAGCCGAGGAAGGACCACGGAGGAGCAGCCCCAGGGGGCGUCGAUGCAGGGCUCCUCCGCCAGGAGUCGACGUGUUGCCUCGGGAGGAUUAGUAGCGCCGAUGGGGUCGCCUCGCGAAGGGGCCAGUUCGAGGACUGCGGCUGUGGUCGUCGCCGCGCCGCUGCGCAAGCUAUUUCUCGGCCGUUGGUACCGCCACUUCAGCCUCCACCUUGGGCGGUAG